AUGCUUGCCGGCGGUGUUGAGCAAGAGGCUAUGGAGCGACAGACCAUUUGUUUCCCACACCACGGCACACAGUCUGUCCUUCAACAUGGAGACCCGGGAUUCAAGGACGAGAUCAAUCGGCUCUACAACCCCGCGGAGAACAAUGCAUUGGAAGCACUCAUAGCACUCAAGGCCAGUUUGCGCCACCUAUCAACCGAUGACUUCUGGGCUGCCAUGACUGAAGGGAUGUCGAAGCUUCUAGGUGCGGAAAUUUGCUUCAUCAUGAAGCGGGUGCUGGUGGACGACCAGGCAUCCRCGGUCGAAAUGCCGCCCAUAGGAGCUCCUGGAUCUUGUAUGAUGGCCGCCGCUUUACAUUACUGUGCMAAUGAUGGAAGCAAGGAAACCUACAAGUCGACCAAGUUCCACGCAUACGGUUGUCCUUGCGCCUAUAUGAGACACGACAAGGUGUUUUGCAUACCGGAUCGAUUGGGCAGUUUCAUCACAAACAACCCGAAUACUCUGCCCACCCCGUGCGAAGCGUAUAUUGCGGUGCCUCUGUUCGAAGAAGGGAAGUGCUUUGGUCACUUCGGCGCGAUGUGGUCUGCCGAAGGAGCCGCUCAGCGGAAGCUGUCCUGGGCUUUCAUUGAGAUGAUCAUGCAUGCAUUGGAAGACAUGAUAUUGCAAAGAUUCUCCGAUGGUGCCAACUUCAUACGAAAACCAUCAAUGGUCAAAGAGGGUAGUCGAGUCAUUCCCCACGACGCAGUGACGCUGGCUCAGUCAUUACGGCCGUGGGCUGGGUCGUUGUCGCAUGAAUUGAGAACACCGAUGCAAGGCAUUGUAGGUAUGCUGGACGUCAUGUACGCCACCGUACAAGAAGCAAUCUUCACACAAGGCGAUACACGUAUUCGACAAGUAUUUGAGACACUGAAAGAAAACAUCGAGACGGUGCAGGACAGUUCACGGCGAGCGGUCGAAGCCGCUGAUAAUGUGGUCCAUGCCUACGAUAUGGAUAUGAGCGUACCGGACGCUCCGCCACAACUUCCCGAUGAGCCCAGCGAGUCUUCUCUUCAAACAGCAAACUCCACCGAUCGAAGACCUGAAAUUCUGGUAGCAGGCAGCAAUCUUCCACUUGCUCGUCCGAACAAACGCAGACGCGAAGAAGCUUUCGCACGGAGUGCAAGUAACGCCAGCUCUUCCAAGACACCGCGAUUGGGGAGACCAUCCGAUUUGAAUUGUCGCUGCGGUUCAGAGAGCGCUGCGCCUGGUGAGGAAGAAAGGUCACAGGUCGAAGCCAUUGCCUCGAUAACCAGUGUCCCCGGUAUGGCGGGCGAGGAGCCGAUUUCUCCCACCAUCUCGACCCCGUCGUUCGCCAAUCGUACCAUCGCCCCUGGCCUCCGACAUACUAGCCUGCGGGAGCUUCUGCAAUUCGUCAUCAACGAUUGUCUAAAGAUUGGAGGGCGUCCAGACUCAGCCUUUGCUCAAGAAACGCAAUUGGGCGAGAUUGUCGAAGUCCGCACCCGUGGCUCGGAUGGAAGCUCUGGGCAGAAACUUAUCGAGUGGAGUAUUGACCCUUCAGUCCCGACGACGAUGUUCAUUGAUGAGAAAGACUUGACAAAGCUCAUAUCGUGCGUCGUGAUUAAUGCUUUGAAGUUCACAGACCAAGGGGAAGGCAGAGUUGCCGUGACUGCUUGCAUGCGCAACCGAGGACGCCACCUCUCAAUCAAAAUCAGCGACAACGGGCCGGGAAUACCAGCGGAUUUCCUGCCGAAGCUGUUCAAACCUUUCUCACAAGAAAAUCCUAGCAUCACGAGGAGCUCCGAAGGGCUAGGGUUGGGUUUGAUGGUUGCAAAGGGUAUAGCAAGGAAGUUGGGCGGCGAUUUGAUGUGCACACAUGCGGAGACGAGUGGACCGAGACGCGGAACAGAGUUCGAGAUCAAGAUUCCCAUGCAGGCUGGAGAGACUGUCAGCAGAGCAAGCUCUCCUUUUGCAAGUCCAAUGCCUGGAAAAGCACAACUUGCAAAAGACCCUGCACAGCAACAUGUUCGGCUUCCUCCAGCAGCAAUUGGCAGCCCAAGUAGUCUCUCCCGAGCACUGCAUGAGGUCGUCAGCGCGCCGACGUUCUUUCCACAAGCAUUGGACAUCCCAUCAACAGCGACCUCGCCCACACCAACCACACCGCCCUCACCGCGAUCGACAUAUCCCUCUGACGACUCCACAUCGCCGACGUCAGCYCCUGAAGUGAAGCUCAAGCCCACACGACCUCGCUACCGGAAAGCCGUCUCUUCUGCGCCCUCCAUCGACCGUGACCUCGCGAAGAAGUACCCUCUGACCUUUCUCGUUGCCGAAGACAACAAAAUCAAUCGCAAACUUCUCGUCAGCAUGCUGUCAAAGUUUGGCUACACGAACAUCCACGAAGCUCACGACGGCACAGAAGCCGUACGGCAGAUGCGGAUCCAUGAAGAAGAGGUAGAUGUUGUAUUGAUGGAUCUGUGGAUGCCGCUCAUGGACGGGUAUGAGGCUACUGAGAAGAUCCUUGGUGCAGCAGGGAAAACGCCGACUGUCCUGGCCGUCACGGCAGAUGUGACGGACGGCGCGUUGGGGAGAGCAGCGGAGGUUGGAAUGAAGGGAUAUAUGACCAAGCCCUAUAAGCUGGCUGACUUGCAAAGACUCAUUGAAGAGUACUGUGCGAGCAACGAGGCAAAGGUGGAUGCGCCGCUUCCUGAAGCGCGUGCCGCGACGGUAGUAUGA